AUGUUUAUUGUCGCCUUACCAGCCAUUCUCGUCGUGGUCACUCUGACCUUCGGUGUAUUUUACGUACUCGUAGACUACAUCCGUAUCUUGCGGCUCAGACAACGAAUGGCACCUGGGCCGUUCCCGCUACCGCUUUUUGGCAACAUCUUCCACAUCCCAAGCAGCAGACAGUGGAAGAAGUUUGAAGAAUGGUCGCUGAAGUAUCAAUCUCCCAUCAUUACAAUCUGGGAUGGACACACCCCGGUCGUCAUUUGUAACGAUGCUUGGUCUAUGUCUGACCUCUGCGACAAGCGGGCAAACAUCUUCUCAUCUAGGCCUGUAAAGACACUUACCGGAAAGGUCUUUGGCCUCAACAAGUUCAAUCAAGCGGGACUUGCAUAUGGUGAGCAGUGGCGUGUACACCGUCGCUUGACUCACUCUGCUGCCAACGCCCAGGUGGUCCAGGCAUAUCGUACUUCCCAAGCCAAUGAAGCGAAGAUAUUGAUUGAAGACUGUCUGACGAAACCCGAUCGAUUCGUUGACAGUGCCUUACGCUUUACCGUAUCGAUUGUAUCCAUUAUUGCCUGGGGCAGACGCAUCGGGACUGAAUCAGACACAGUCUUGAAGGUAGCUCAAGCAUAUGUCGGUAGCGCCAACCUCGGCUUCCCAGGAAAGACAUACACCGAGGCCAUACCUGCUCUUGCUGAUAUGCCGGCAUGGCUGAAUCCGCUGCCAAACCAACUCAGGAAGCUAGCCCAAACGUCGAACAAGUACUUUUACGCACUUUCCGACGAGGGAUCUAACGCGGUACAAGACAACUUCGCCAAGAGACUACUGAAAGAGAAGGAGGAACAUGGCCUCAGCAAAGUCGAAAUUUCCAACCUCACAGGCAACUUCAUCGGCGCCGGGGUUGACACUACCACUAGCACCAUGCUGACUUUUGUUCUGGCUAUGUGUUUGAAUCAAGACGUUCAAAGCAAGGCGCACGAGGAAAUCGAUCGCAUCGUCGGCCGCGAUCGUUAUCCCGACUGGUCCGACGAAGACAGUCUCCCGUAUUUGGCGGCAGUCAUCAACGAAACACUCAGAUGGCGGCCUGCAUUUGCUCUUGGCGGGCCUCCCCAUGCACCCACCGAAGAUGAAAUCUACAACGGCUUCUUCUUUCCGAGGGGAACAUCGAUCAUCGGAAAUCUCUACGCCAUGCACCGAAACCCGCGGGAAUUCCCCCAACCGCAUCGAUUCUGGCCGGAACGUUUUAUGGAAAGUUUUGAUGGGCCAGCAUAUCCUAACAAACGUGGACACAAUACCUUUGGAUGGGGACGUCGAGUCUGCAGCGGUGAAGCAUUGGCCCAACAAAGCUUGUACUUCACCAUUGUCUCUCUUCUCUGGGCUUUCGAGAUCCGUCCGGGUGUAGACGAAAAGGGCAACGAAGUCGUUUUGGACCCAGAUGCGUACACUGUGUCUCAGGUCAACCGUCCACUGCCUUUCAAAGUUCGCUUUCUGGCUCGAUCCGAGACGAUUGCAACUUUGGUGAGAACUGGUGCGCAAGAGGCGCGCACGCAACUGCGAGCGUAUGACGCAAUUACCAACGUCACGUUUGAGAGUGCGCAGUCUGUCUCCCUUGACAUGCCCAUCGCGCAGGCAGAGAGGGGUUCAAUCGUUUAG